AUGAGAUUAAUGGUUUAGAGGAUGAUAAGAAGAUUAAUUGAAAGGAAUGCAAGGCAAAGAACAGGCAGUCAAAGAGGAGGAAAUCAAGAUGACCUGAUGAGACUAUUAGAAGAAAAUGAGCCUAGAUAAAGAGGUCUCAGCAGAUAACAAAUAAACAGUAUCAGAUCUGUGAGAAUUAGCAACGCAAAUAUUGAAGAAUUUGUGGAUUAAACUUGCACUAUUUGCCUUAAUGAUUGUAAAACUAGAGAUAAAGUCAAGAUGCAUAACUGGGUGGCUUCAAAGGAAAGGGGAAUGUCCGAAUUGUAAAUCCUAAGCCAUUCACACAGGAAUUAAUGA